AUGAUAACAAGAAAUGAUUUUAACAUAAUAUCAAAGAAAUUAAGUGACAAAGAUGAUGUAACUUAUUUAAAAACACAGUAUCCAGAUAUCUCAUAUUCAACCUUAAUUGCUAUAUUUUCACAAAAAAGAAUGAAAAUUUAUAGACAAAUUUGUUAUAAGAAAACACCAAAUAUUAGGCAGUACUAUUUAUCAUUUAUGAAUAAUGGAUCAACAUUUUUAGAAUUAUCAAGUCAAUUAGGAUUAUCAUCAAGUAUCUUUGCUAAACAAUUACUAUCACAUAUUAUUGAAAAUGACCAAGAUUAUCUAUUUACCGAUAAUAGCAAUAGUAUUAGUGGUAGUGGUAGUAGUGGUGGUGAAAUCAAUGAUUCAAAGAAAACAGAAACUGAUCUAUAUAAAUUAUUAACAGAAAUUAAUGAUACUUCCAUAAUCAUUAAAAAGAUUUUUAAGAAUCCAAAUUUAAUUGAAAAUUUAAAAUUAAGGAAAAAUAUUUAUCAGUCAAUUUAUAAUGAUGAUAAUUGUUCACCAUUGAUUAACCAAAUUAGAUCAUCAACAGGAUCAGAAUAUGAAUAUUUAUUACAAGAAAAAUUAUUUAAAUUGAAUAUACCAUAUUUAACAGAGAGUCAAUUAAGGAAGGAUGGGUAUCCAAAAACACCAGAUAUUAAAUUAGAGAUUCCAAUCUCUUUUAAAGGAUUUGUAAUUAAUUGGAUUGAAAGUAAAGCUUCAUUUUGUGAUGAUAAUAAUUUAAAAAUAACCAGGGAUCAAAUAAUUGGUUAUAGAAAUAGAUAUGGACCUGGUUUGGCAAUUUAUUGGUUUGGUUACAUUGACGAUUUAAAUAAUUUGCAAGAUGAUGGUGUGUAUAUUACUGAUAAAUUUCCUGAAAUGGAAGAUAUCGAAAUUCUAUAUUAG